AUGAAUUAAAGAAAUGAAAAAUAAGAAUAAUGUACUAACUUAUAUUUACCAUAAUUAAUAAACAAAGUAAAUUUUUAAAAGAUAAAUAUAGCCACUAGAAGAAAAUUCAAAAACCUUUAAGUAAAUAGGAUCAAUUAACACUUUAAAGACAAUUAGUCAAUUUAAAAAUGAUAGUAUAUCAGAGUUUUAAAUAAAAAAUGAUGUUUCAUAUAAUUAUUCAAAUAAAUUUACUUAAAGUAAUAAAGAAAAAAGCUAAAUUUAAUCUAAUAGAGCACAUACAGUCUGCAAAUAAUAUCAAUUUGUUAAUUAAUUAAGAAAUGAAAUUUAUUAUAAAAAUUAUUUCAUAGGAGGAAUUAAAGAAAUUCUAAGUAAAGAUAAAUAUUCUUAAAAUUUAAAAUAAAUGUGUUUAGAUUAACUAAACCAAAUCUAUAAAAAUGUCACUUGCAAUACUUAAAUUUUUAAUUCUAAAAAAUAAAUGCCUAAUCUUAUUUUAUCUAAAAAAUAUUCAAUAGCAAUAGAUUUAGAUGAAACACUUGUGCAUUCUGAAGAGUUAUAACCAAAUAAAAGAUAUGAUUUUUAAAAUCUUCAAUUUGGAGCUUUUAUUAGACCCUAUAGCUAAUAAUUUUUAUAACUGGUGAGUAAGCAUGCUAAUUUAUUCAUUUUUACUUCUUCCAAUUUAAAAUAUGCUAAAAUUGUAAAUAUUAAUCAAUAAUUUCAAUAAGAUUGCAUAAAUUCUUGAUCCUUAGAAAGAAUACUUUUAAGGAAUAUUUUUUCGAGAUCAUUGUACUGUAUUGAAAGACAAUACCUAAACAAAAGAUAUAAAUAUAAUUAGUGGUGAUUUAACGAAAAUUAUAUUAAUUGACAAUAAUCCCCAAUGUUUUAUGUAGAAUAUGAUUUAUAUAAAGUCCCUAACCUUUUAACGGAAUACCAAUUAUACCUUUUUUAGAUAGCAAAACAGACUAAGAACUGAUAAUUUUAUCUUAGUUUCUAGAGAGAGAAAUUUUCAAUGUGGAAGAUGUUUAACCAGUUAUCAAGAGAUUCUUUUAAUUCGAGUAAUUUCGAUAAUUUUAAAACGGUGUGUAAGCAUUUGAAAUACUUCAUAAUUGA